UCAUGCCAUGUCUCGUGACUUCAAAUCCCCAAACAGAAAAAAAACUUUUCACACAUGAAAUCAAAUUUUCCAGAAAAUUAAUAAAUUCACCCAACUUUAAUUUCUCUAUGAAUUUCUCCAUCUCCGUCUGAAUUUCUCGCCGGAAAAAAUGAUGAGGUCGCCGCAGGAACCGAACCGGAACGGCGGUAUUAGAACUCCGUCUCCCCGGCCGAGAAAUCAAUCUCAGUUUCACUCAACGGUUUCCGUGCAAAAAAACCAGCGGUUCAAUAUUUUGAUACUCAUUUUCCGGUUCGCCGCCUUCUGCUUCUCACUCGCCUCUGCAAUUUUCAUGUUCGCUAACUCUCACGGCGGUGGCUCCGAUUCCGAUUCCGAUUCUCUUCGGUGGUACCACUUCGAUGCGUUCAGAUUUGUGGCAAUUGCAGCUGGGAUUGUAGCAUUGUAUUCACUAUUCGAAAUUGGAGCUUCGGUUUGGGAAAUAUCAAGAGGCACCACUGUUCUUCCUGAAGUUGUACAAGUUUGGUUCGAUUUCAGCCACGAUCAGGUUUUUGCAUACAUGUUGUUGUCGGCAGAUUCGGCGGGAACGGCGUUAGCUCGGACGUUAAGGGAUCGGGACACGUGUACGGCUAAUAAUGCAUUUUGUGUUCAAUCAGAUAUAUCCGUCGCCUUAGGAUUCGCCGGGUUUAUGUUCUUGAGUUUUUCUUCUUUAUUAUCGGGUUUUCGGGUCGUAUGUUUCAUACUUAACGGGUCACGUUUUCAUAUGUAAUAUUCAUCCAUCAUUAUGUUGUAAUCUUUACUCAUAAAUCUUAAUGAAGGUAAAUUUUGAUUUU